AAUUAAAUCUCAAAACAAAAAGCUAAAGAUCAAACUCUCAAACUCUUAAAAACAUUCCCUCUAAAUUUGAACACCAUCUUUAUCUUCUCAAGUCAUAGUUCUCUCGGUAAUGUCGUUAAACAGCUUCAAGGAAAUUCUCAAACCCUGUGCAUACCAGUCAAAAUCACCAUCUUCCUCUUCAUACUCACAAACCGCGUCGACUCUAAACCCUAGAAAACCACCCAAAUCUUCCCUCUCUCAGCAACUGUUACGACUCGAAGAUGAUUAUAGUUUCUUAUCCACCUUGCUUCCUACAAAACAAUCGAAGGAAUUUAGUCAAUUUAAGCAACAAGAUCCACCGGUCGAUGAUGUUAUCGAAGGAAAAUUUGAAGACGAGGAGGAAAAAAAUAAAGAUUUAGAAAAACAAAAUGGGUUUCGGAUUGCAAGACCUAAGUUGGAAGCCCCUCAAUUUUUUGAUCCUACUGGACCUUAUGAACCUCUGGUGCUUUCCGAAUCCGGCCAAAAUCCUGUUGUGCAGGUACCUGCUUCCAUAAAUUGCAGGCUGCUAGAACAUCAAAGAAGUGGUGUAAAGUUUUUGUACAACUUAUACAAGAAGAACCAUGGAGGCAUUCUUGGGGAUGACAUGGGAUUAGGGAAAACUAUCCAAGCAAUUGCAUUUCUUUCUGCCAUAUACAAAAAAGAUGAAGAUGAUGACAACACAACAAAUCCAAACAAGAACAAACAAGAAACAAAAGGUCCUGUCCUAAUAAUCUGUCCAUCUUCUGUAAUCCAAAACUGGGAAAUCGAAUUCUCCAAAUGGUCAACAUUCAAAGUUGCUAUAUACCAUGGUGCCAAUCGUGACAUAAUCUUCAACAAAAUCGAAUCUCAUGGGAUUGAAGUACUUAUAACAAGUUUCGAUACAUACAGAAUCCAUGGAAACAUUUUAUCCGAAUUAAAUUGGGAAGUUGUGAUAGUCGAUGAAGCUCAUCGGCUCAAAAACGAAAAAUCAAAACUUUAUGAAGCCUGUUUAUCCAUCAAAACCCUAAAAAGAUACGGUUUAACAGGAACCAUAAUGCAAAACAAAAUCAUGGAAUUAUUUAAUCUAUUCGAUUGGGUGGUUCCAGGGGGUUUGGGGACCCGUGAACAUUUCAGGGAUUACUAUGAUGAGCCUUUGAAACAUGGGCAAAGAUCAAGUGCUCCUGCAAGAUUUGUUAAAAUUGCUGAAGAGAGGAAACAACAUUUGGUGUCAGUUUUGGGGAAAUUUUUGUUGAGAAGAACAAAAGAGGAGACGAUUGGACAUCUUAUGAUGGGUAAAGAAGAUAAUGUUGUGUUUUGUGCUAUGAGUGAGGUGCAAAAAAGGGUUUAUCAAAGGAUGCUGCAAUUACCUGAUGUUCAAUGUCUUAUUAAUAAGGAUCUCCCUUGUAGCUGUGGGAGCCCACUUAAGCAAGUGGAAUGUUGUAAAAGAAUUGUCCCAAAUGGUGUUAUUUGGCCUUAUCUUCAUAAGGAUAAUCCUGAUGGUUGUGAUUCGUGCCCUUUUUGUCUUGUUCUUCCUUGCCUCACCAAGCUCCAACAGAUAAGCAAUCAUUUGGAGCUUAUUAAACCUAAUCCAAGGGAUGACUCAGAUAAAGUGAAGAAAGACAAGGAAUUUGCCUCGGCUGUUUUUGGUACAGAUAUUGAUCUGGUGGGAGGGUAUUAUCAAAACGAGAGUUUUAUGGGUCUAAGUGAUGUUCAACAUUGUGGGAAGAUGAGAGCUUUAGAUAAUUUGAUGACAUCUUGGAUUGUAAAGGGGGAUAAGAUUCUUCUCUUUAGUUACUCUGUCAGGAUGCUGGAUAUACUUGAAAAGUUUCUUAUACGCAAAGGAUACAGUUUUUCAAGGCUUGAUGGGUCUACCCCAACUGGCAUACGCCAAUCUCUAGUUGAUCACUUCAAUUCAAGUCCAAGCAAACAGGUUUUCCUCAUAUCGACCCGUGCGGGUGGGCUUGGGCUGAAUCUUGUGAGUGCGAACCGUGUGGUUAUAUUUGACCCGAAUUGGAACCCGGCCCAUGAUCUGCAGGCCCAGGACCGGUCUUUUCGGUUUGGACAGAAGCGGCAUGUGGUGGUGUUCCGGAUGCUGGCGGCUGGUUCCCUUGAAGAACUUGUUUACACCCGUCAAGUCUACAAACAACAGCUCUCUAAUAUUGCUGUUUCUGGGAAACUUGAAAAACGUUAUUUUGAAGGUGUCCAGGAUUGCAAGGAGUUCCAAGGAGAGCUUUUCGGGAUCAGCAAUUUGUUUCGUGAUUUGUCAGACAAACUGUUCACAAGUGAGAUCAUUCAAUCACAUGAAAAGCAAGGAACAGAUGAUACUGAAAAAAAACAAACUUUGUCUGAUUUCGGGAUGUGUUUUCUUCCUCCACAAUCACGGGAAACAUUUUCUUUAGAAUCCCAAAGCCCUGAUAUGUUGGGUAUUGUUUACGCGCAUCGUAAUGAGGAUAUCAUCAGUCAUGGGCGUGGAUGCAAAGUGACACAAGAAGUGGGUCCAUCCACCGAAAUUCCCAUUUUGCCCCCGGUCCCUAAGAAUAAGAAGAAACCAAUUACAAUUACAGUUACACAUAGUGACAAUGAAAAUGGAAAAGCUUCACGUAAAAUGAAGCAGUAUAGGCUGGUUGCCCGGUUUAUGGGCAUGGAAGUAGUCGAGUUUAGCAAGUGGGUCCUAUCAGCAAGUGUUAGUGAGAGAGAAUGCGUAUUACGAGACUUCAAAAGGCGAAAGGAGAAAAUGCCCCUUACACUUUAGGUGAAUGAAUAUAACAUACAUAUUGUACAAUGUAAAUGUUGUAAUCAUAGAAGCUAUUUAGAUUUUCAAAAAUACCCCUUGUGUAUAUUAGCUUUUUACGCAAUUUGUUGUGC